AUGUGCCGAGCUGGCUACGAGACUAAGUCCUUGCUGCUGUUUCCGGAGCCGAACAGGGAGUGGGCAGGAGUGGCAUGCUCGGACGCGGCGCUGGAGAAAGAGGAGUGGGCACUGCCUGAGAGAGCUGUGGGGCCACCACGCGGAGCGGGGCGCAGGGACGAUGGCGCAGCCGGUGCGGAGGUGCGUGUGGCGACCCCGCGCAGCGCGGAAGGGGUUGUGGGGAUCGCCCUCCCCAGGAAGCGCAGGGGCUCGGCAGCGCCGAGAGACGUUUCCUCGAAAGGCUUCAGUGCGCGUCCAACGGACGUUGCCUCAGGGGGUCCGUUAGAGCCGGCAGAGCUAGCGAGGAAGAAGAAAAUUGUUGACUAUUCAGAGUUUGGGGAUUUGGAUAAUGAUUCAGAUGAAGAUUUUGCAUAUGUAGCUGUACCCAGAACGCAGCUCAAAGAACUGAAGAGGGACAAAAAAGAGAAUCAGAAAAAGCCACACAAAAAAUUGACUCUAUCACAUAAGGAGAUACCCAGUAAAAGGAUAUCCUUGGAUGACAAACUUUAUCGAAGAGAUUUGGAAGUUGCUUUAGCCUUAUCUGUCAAAGAAACAUCUGCAAAUGUCCGUGGGGUACAAAACUCAAAAGAAAAAGGUUGUUUUACAGUUCAGUAUAAGCUUCUCCUUGGGCCUAUAACAGGUAAGAAUAUCAAAUCAGAAAACGUGCAUGGGAGACCCCGUUUUUCCAACUGUGUUACAGAGAGUGAACUUUUAGGUGAGGACUCAGAAGAAGAUUCAGUUUAUAGUCAAGAUGACGAUGAAGACUUUGCUCUGAAAAAGAGGAAAGCUAAAGGAAAUAAAAAGGAAACUAAGCAAAAGCUGCAGGCUGAAAGAGAAAAGGAAAGUCCCAAACCCAGUAUUAAAACUAGAAUAUUACCUGUACUUUCUACUUCAAUAACAGAGCUAAAAUCUGAGACAGCACAAAAGAUGAUGUCGAGUUGUUCAGAACCAAUUGGAAAACCUGUAUGCACAUCAUGUCCUGCAACAGCCAAGAAACCUAAAUGGAUACCACCAGCUGCAUCAGGAAGCAAUAAUAACUCAGUGAAAUAUGUUUCCAUUAAGUCACCUACACAGUGUCUUAGGCUUGGCCUAUCUAGACUAGCAAGAGUCAAGCCACUGCAUCCAAGUACAGCUAGCAGUUGAAUGGUCAGUGACAAGAUGCUACUU